GAAACGUCCUCAGAGGAAACACGAGCGGCUUAGCCCCGGACUUCCUGUUUAAUGUUCGACUGUUGACUGGUAGACAGGGAUGAGGUCCUCGGAAGAUAAUAAAACUACCCAAUGAAACCGGAAUAAAAGUUCACUCAAAAUGAGCUGGAUUCCCUUCAAGAUUGGACAACCAAAGAAGCAGAUUGUCUCUAAAACCGUUGAAAGAGACUUCGAGCGAGAAUAUGACAAGCUCCAAAAGCUGGAGGAUCAAACAAAAAAGCUUCACAAGGACAUGAAGAAAAGCACUGAGGCUGAUUUAGCCAUGUCCAAAGCAGCAGUGAAGAUCUCUGCAGACCUGCUGAGUAACCCGCUGUGUGAGCAGGACCAGGCCUUCCUGGAGUCCAUGACUGCUUUAGAUACAGCCAUGAGAAGGAUGGACUCUUUCAACCAGGAAAAGGUCAACCAGAUCCAGAAGACCGUUAUCGACCCUCUGAAAAAGUACAGCGGAGUCUUCCCUAGCCUCAACAUGGCAGUGAAACGCCGGGAACAGGCACUGCAGGACUACAAACGGUUGCAAUCCAAAGUGGAGAAGUAUGAAGAAAAAGAAAAAACCGGGCCCGUUAUGGUCAAACUACAUCAGGCCAGAGAGGAGCUCCGACCGGUCAGGGAAGACUUUGAGGCCAAGAACAAGCAGCUGCUGGACGAGAUGCCCAAAUUCUACCACAGCCGCAUCGACUACUUCCAGCCCAGCUUUGAGGCUCUCAUCAGGGCGCAGGUGGUCUAUUUCACCGAAAUGUACAAGAUCUUCAGCGAGUUAACAGACCAGAUCGACCAGGCAGGGUUGACUGAUGAGCAGAGGGAGAGGGAGACUGAGGCCAAGCUCAGCGAGUUGCGUGCUCUGUCCAUUGUCGCCGACGACUGAGGGAGGAAAUCCAAAAACCAGGAAGGGCUCCUUUCAUGCCUCUCUGAAUGGAUCACACUCUUUUCAGCUUCCUCCAUGCAGUUCAAACGGACAGCGAUGGCCUUAACCUGAUUAUCAGUUUGUUUCCUCGCGGCCUCAUCACCCCCCCCCAUUCCUCUUGCACUACACUCCCAUGUUUCAUUCUCCUUGCAAAGACUCUCUGCAACUCAAAGCAGCUGAAAUGCCACAUUAAUUAAGCCAUCAGCCAAGUGCAACAUUAUAAGCCAAUAUGUCGGGGGUUUUUUAGUAAAGGAAUCAAACAGUUCUCGUCAGAACUAAUUAACGGGGUUACACUUCUUUGUUUCAGAGAUGUCUAUAAGCAUUUAUUUCUAAAGUAGGAAAUUACCGAGUAAAUGUUUUUAUUAGUCACAUCUGCUAUGUUAUCAACAAUCUGUGAAGUAGAGUUUUUAUUUCCCAACUUUGAAAUUACAAACACUACAGACUGAAUGUUAUUUAAUGUACUGCGGGUUAUCGGCAAGAAAAUGUAUUUCUGUAUUUUGGCCUUUGCUGGUUAUCUUUAAGUUUAGCUCUGUGCCAUGUUGUGUGAGGGCUUUUUAUUGGACUUUACAGGAUGAUAAUGGUAACAUUUCCUGUGCAUAAUGUGCCUACAUUGUCCUGACUGUGGAUGUAACAUGAAAACUAACUUGUGUGAAGUGAUUGUGCCUGCCUUCGCAGCGGUCGACCACUCAGGCUGCGGAGAGAAUAAGUCCCUGUUGAAGUGGAAUCGCUGUCCAAAACAAAGACUGGUGCUCCCUCUUGUGGAAAAUACUGAUUAUGACAUAUUUCCUUUUAUUCACACUAUCCAUCAUUUGUUCUAUUGUUGUAGUUCAGUUUGUCUGUUAGCAAAGAACUGCACACAUUGUUGGCACUCUAGAGAAAGUCCUCUCUCUGUACCCUCUACACCAGGGUUGGAAGCCAAAUUUUUUUUGGCUUUCCUAAAUUUUGGACCAAAUCAUACUAAUAGUCAUUGCACUCCUUUGUUUCCACUUUUAUCAGGUACUGCCUCAGUAUGAUAACACGCUCUGGUUAAUGGGGCUUUAUGGUAAUGUACACACACUGAUUGCUCCCAUAUCAUGUUAGUGGAUUUUUUUUUUUUUUUUUUUUUUUUUGAGGUGUCACACCAAGAAGUUGACUAUUUAUUCUUUGACAGACAGGUUUUGAUUUUAGAAUUAUUGAAGCAAAUGCGUAGCCGAUUGCCUGUCUUUGUGUUCUGCAACGCAGACUGUUUGAUUUACACGUUGAUGAAGGUGUUUUUCUAAAUAAUUCAUGUUUUUAAGUUGUAUUUUUUUUAAACAAGUGAAUACUUUAACAUUAGUUUUAUUUAGGUUUCUAAAUGUAUUAAUAUCACAAUCUGUUAAACGACUCAUCAGCUGUCAUCUCAAUUUAUCAUCAAUUGUGAAAUAAAUAACUGAGAAUAGCA